AUGUCAUUUUCUUUGACUGCAUCAAAUCCAACCGUGGUAAAAACUUCAAAGGGCGAAGAUAAAAUAAUUUGCGUAGAAUUUAAAGUGCCAGAAUAUAACCGAGAUGCAUCUUUUAGUCUUGCAAAAUAUUCUUUUCGUGCAAAAUCAGAAAAUCCCGAUAUUGAUGAAGGAUGGAUUGUUUAUAGAAAUGAUGAAAGCUUUCUAACUGUUGGGAAAGGAUAUGUGGUCGUUAAAGGAAAAUAUUGUGGUAUUUGCUCGACUGAUUUGGCUAGACGAUUUCUACCUUUCGAAUUGCCACAGAUUAUCGGACAUGAAGCUGUUGCUUUACACCAAUCUAAACCUGUUGUAAUAGAAAUUAACGCAUCACAUUUUGCUCGUGGCAUUACAAAUGAAUCAACUUGUCAUUUUUGUAACACUGGAUUGUCCACUCAAUGUCCAGAUCGUAUAACUUUGGGAAUAAAUCAACAACCUGGUGGUUUGGCACCUUAUAUCCUUGCACCUAUAAAUGCCAUUGUACCAAUUCCUGAUAAUUUAAGUUUAAAAUCAUCGAUAUUGGUGGAGCCUUUUGCAGCCGCUCUACAUGCUGUUGAAACAACACCACCAAAUAAUGGUCAUGAGGUUGCUGUCUUGGGACCUCGCAAAUUAGGAAUAUUAAUUCUUGCGGCUUUAUACAGUUAUCGAAAAAAAUAUAAUCUUGAUUUUACUACAACGGCUAUUUUUCAUAAAGAUCCACCACCACAACCACUUUAUGAUCUUGCGCAACAAUUUGAUGCACAAAUAAACACAUCAUCAUCUUUACUUCCUGACCAAAAAUUUGAUAUUAUCUUUGACACUACGGGUUCUCCGGAAGGUUUCUUACACGCGAUAAAGCUAUGUAAAAAAAUUCUUCAUUUGAAAUCAACUCAUGGACGAGAAGUUUGUGGACUGAGACGAAUGACAGAUCUUGUGGUUGACGAAUUCUCAUUGUUAAAAUUUGAACAAAAGAGUUUGGAGUUCAGUUGGCCUGGAGAAAUUUUAGGCAAACGAAGGAAUCCUAACGUUUUUGUUAGUCCAUCUGUCGAUGAAAGGAUUGUUAAAUCGAUUAAAGAUACUGGAAGGAAUGUGAUUAUUCUGGAAAUCGCACAUGCUCUAGAAUAUGUUAAGCAAUGGAUCGAACA